AUGAAGUUGUUAUACAAUCUCACCAUUUUAGCUUUCUCCACAACCCUCAUUCAGGGUGCCCUCCUCUCGCGUAACGACACAGAAAUAUCCGGUGGAGGGCUUAGUAACCGCGUUGAAUACGUUCAUGUUACUGAAUAUAGUACCGUCUAUGUUCAACCGAACACUAGCACAGCACCACCCGGUGGAUGGAAUUUCACCCAAACCUCAGAAGUUGUUGUAACCACAACUCUGAACACUACCACAAGUAGUAGCACUGAUACAUAUCACAGUACAAUACCAGCUCAAAGUUCAGUUAGACUCGAUUCCUCUUCCAUCCAUGGCACUGGCGUCUUCAACUGGCCCGCUCCUUCUAGCCAGCCUCAAUCCAGGCCUGCAGCUUCCGUCAGUGCUACGCCUGCUCUUUCUCACCUUCCGAAAUUCAGUUAUGCUCCUUCGCGGACGAGUUGCUCCAAAUGCCGGAUCGUAGGGACGGGGAAACCAAGCCUAGGACGUACUUCUAUUCCGCCGUCUACAGGGGCUGGAUCUGCAAUUUAUGCAUCGACGUCGAGGGUUGCGACUGUGUCUGUGGAGACGACGGCGAUUGUGGUGGUGCCUGUGCAUCCUUCCAGUCUGGGGUUUGUGGCGGUGCCUACUCAUCCAUCGACUCCGGCGGUUGUGAUUGUUCCUACUCAUCCAUCGACUCCAGCGGUUGUUAUUGUACCUAUUCAUCCAUCGACUCCAGCGAUUGUAGUUGUACCUACACAUCCGCCAGUUGCAGCAAAGGCAAUGAAUUAUACAGGCCGCCUGGGCCAAAGUGUUGGAAUCAAACCCGAGCGCGACAUUCAUCAGGAUAUUGCCCACGUGCUACCGCGUGCUGGGCCCACGGUCAUCAACACUACAAUCGAACACGGGACCUGGUCAUACCACAAACACGGUGCUAACAACGUGGAAGUGGAACAUGGCGAUCUCGCCGCUAUUUUGCCCAACACCCUAGACGGACUACCCGGCAAGCAGGAUUCAGACAAUGCAGACAGCGUAGUCUAG